AUGCUAUACAAAACGCAGCUUUGCUCUUUUUACGCUAAAGGAAUAUGUGCUAGAGGAAACAAAUGUAGUUGGGCUCAUGGUGAACUAGAUGUUAGACCUAUGCCAAAAUUUUACAAAACGAGAAUGUGCUAUACAUUUUUGUCCGGUAGUUACUGUGAGGCUUCUAAGUGCACAUUUGCUCAUACAGAAGAAGAAUUGAGGGGGUCAGGAAAAGCGUUAAGAUUAUGUACCAAGUAUUUCUUAGAUGGGUUUUGUAGUAAAGCAGACAAAUGUCCUAUGGCUCACAGCAUAAAUCAACUUGAUCCCUCAGUGAAAUUUUCGUCAAGUGAACUUAUGAAUAGGGUAUAUGACAGGGAAGAGAACAUGCCUUAUAAGAAUAAAAUGGAUAUAACCAAUGAUGAAAAUGGAAAUAAUAACAGUGCUAGUAACAGCAAUCACAGUGGAAAUAAUUGCGGCAGUAACAUGUAUACUGUUACGAACGGAGUGGAAAACGAUGAAGAAGACAAGAAAGAAAAUUAUUAUAUCAUGUUGAACCAUCGUAAUGAUAACGAAAAAGAAAUGAAAAUCUCAAAGAAAAGCACUUGUAAUUUUUAUAAAAAUAAUGAAAAGAAGUCAUAUAAGGAAUACGUACCAGAGUAUGAAGGGGAAAACGAUUAUCUUGAAGAGCUUAAACAAGAUACCGGAGACUGCUUGUACCACGAUGAGCACCUAAUAAAUAGGGAGUGCAUGAUAAACAACGGUGUAAAAACCAAUAGUCGUAUGAACAACGAAUUGAUUAAAAUAAAUGAUAAUUUACCAUCACAAGGACAUAAUUAUAACGAAGAUGAUAUAUUAGGUGAAGAUAGGGAAGACUCUACUUGUAAUAUAUACAGAUAUAAUAAUAUAGACAACAAUAAUAUGGACAUGUUUAAAAAUUAUGAAGGUGUACAUAAUUUUAAUAUUACGAAUAAAACACGAUUAAUUAAUGAAUAUUAUGAAAAUAAUAUUACUCCGUAUGAAACAAAUAUACAGAAUGUCAACAACAAUGUCGAUAAGGAAACAGCCUUAAGAAAAAUAGAGAAAAUUAAUUUGCCUAAAAUGUCUCAGAUAUCGCAAAUACCGCAAAUACCGCAAAUACCGCAAAUACAGCAAAUACCGCAAAUACAGCAAAUACAGCAAAUACCGCAAAUACAGCAAAUACCGCAAAUACAACAAAUACCGCAAAUACAGCAAAUACAGCAAAUACCACAAAUACAGCAAAUACAGCAAAUACCACAAAUAUCAUCCAAUAUGAACUUAAACGUAAAUUUCAAUUUAUUAAACAAAAUGGAAAAAAACGAUGUGGACUUGCAAGAGGGCAAAUAUUUUUUUAACAAAAUAAACAGAAAAGACAUUGCUGAUAAUUCCCUUUUUGAUUCCAACACAACCACAUAUGAACAUUCGAAAAAUAACUCGAAUUAUUAUAAUGACAAUAUUAUUAAUUUAAAUAGAACCAAGGAGAAUUUAGAUCUUUACGAUGAUGUGGGUAUGUGUUUCAGCUACAAAAGUGGAAUCUCCGCCGAGAAAAGUGUUAACGAUAUGAACGGGGAAGGAAAUAUGAAAGAUGCAGGACAUAUGGACUAUGCUGGAAAUAUGAACUGUUCAGGAAAUAUGAACGAGAUGAACAACGGGUACAACUUGGAAAACCUCAUAUACAACAUGAACAACUUGAGUUUGGUAAACUCAGACGAGAACGAAAUGGAGAUGAAAAACAAAAUGAUGAUGUACUCAAUGAUGAAAGCACGUGGUAAAGGGAAAAUACUAGAAGACGGGAAAGGGAAUGUGAAAAAUGUGGAAAAUAUGGAAAAUUUGGGGAAUGCGACUGAUGAAGACAUGAGACGAGACGAAGAAAAAAAUUCUAACACUAAAGAAACCUAUUUAGAGUAUACCAGUGGAGGAGAUUGUGAAUAUAAUAAAAUGUUUUUUAGUAAUAAGUUUUUAUUAAGUAAUUCGAAUGAGCACAAUGAAUAUUAUGAGCCUUCUAAUGGCCAGUAUAACAAGAUUAAUGGCCAUUAUAACGAACAGAUUAAUGGCCAGUAUAACGAACAGAUUAAUGACCAGUAUAACGAACAGAUUAAUGGCCAGCUUAAUGGCCAGUAUAAUGACCAGCUUAAUGGCCAGUAUAAUGACCAGCUUAAUGAUCGAUUUAAUGAACCAUUCGAAAUGGUAAAAAACGCAAAUAAGAUUAUGAACAUCAAUGUAAUAAGCAAUUAUUUUACCAAUAGUCAUUCUUCUUUGGGGUCUAACACGAUGCCCAGCAACAUGCCCAGUAAUAUGUACAAUAGCGUGCACAGUAAUAUGCACAGUAAUAUGCACAGUAACAUGUACAGCAGUACAAGCAGCGUGAGCAAUAUGAGCAACAUGAUUGACUCUACCAGAACAUCUAACAUUAAUGGUUUGAAAACGACUUUAAAUAACUGUACGAACAGUAAAGGAAGCAUUAACAAUGGCAUAAAUGAUAACAUUCACAACGUUAAUAAGGUUAGUAGCAGUACAAGCAGCAAUGGAAACAAACUAAAUAUAGAAAGUAGUAACAACGAAAUGAACACGUUUAAAAGUGUAGAGAGAAAUGGUAGUAACAACAAUGAAAGUACUAACAAUGGAAGUGUUAGCAAUGGUAACGCUAGCAGUGGAAGUGCUAGCUGUGGAAUUAAUAAUAGUAUUACCUCUGAUUGUGUAACUAGCCAAAAUUACAGGGUAAGAGAAACUGCAUCCAUAAAAGGAAAGAACAAUCAGAAGGAAAACGAUCAAGAAGAAAAUGCGAAUAGUAACUGUAUUUUGAAAAACUUAAGCAAUAACACUAAUAGGAAUAUAAUUAUAAAUAACAAAAUAAGCAAAAUGGGAAAAAUGAACAGUAUCAACAAAAGUGCAGCUAAUGACUGUGAAAAUAGUCUAACGAACGAAAAAGACGGUGAAGAUGAUUUAUUAUUAGAUAUAAAGGCGCAGUGCAGCAGCAUUAACAGUGGAAGUGCUAGUGUAGUAGUAAAUAGUAACAACAACGGUGUUAUGAACAGUAGCGUGAACAGUCCGAACGAUAUAAUUAAUAAUAUUGAUAACAUUGGUAAUGGCAGCAUAUCAUAUAAGAAAAAGGUGUACAUGUUAAACCCCAGUAACGCGCAAUUUUUGAAUAACAGUGAUAUAAAUAGAAGAAAUGACAAUGUAAAAAGUAGAAUAAAUAGUGUUAAUGAAGAUGGUAAAAACAUUGACGAUAUAAACCAAAUUUUAGUAGGUAAUAAUCAUAACAGUGUUGGUAAUUAUAAAUUAGAUGCCCUUAUUCUAAAUAAUAAAAAUGAAGAGAGAAUGAAUAGUCAGGUAGAAUACAAUUCAGGGAGCAUCAACCAUUUGACACACUUAAAUAGAAGUAUUGUUCAUCAUAACUCUAAUAAUUAUAAGGACAAUAGAACUUUAAUAGACAUGUGCACAAUGGGGUGUAAUAAUAGUAACAUGAAUAAUACUCCUAUGGAAACUGGUAUGGAAAUAAAGAAUAACGUUAUGAGCACCAAUGUCGUAAACAACUGUAUCACUAAUAGACCCUUUAGCAGUGAUUACGUUAAUAAACACAAGUCGAGCAUUGUUAAGAGUAGUAAUGCCAAUGUGCCUUUGAGCAGUAAUACUAGCAGUAAUGCUAGCGGUAAUAGCAGUAACAGCGUCAGUAGUGAAGAGAAAAAUUGCAUCCUCAACGAUUAUAGGAAAGUUGAUUUGACUCAAUUAACGAAAAGCGGCUAUUCAAAUAAUUUCUGUGAUAUAAAGAACAAUAGUUCCACUGCAAAGAACAACAUAGAUUUAUACGAAUUGCCUUACAACAGCGAUGAAGGCUUUUCCAACUAUAUGUGCAACGAUGGUAAUGAUAGCAGUAACAGCACCAGGAACCAGAACGGUAGUAACAACAGUAGUAAUAAUAGCAGUAACAAGAACAGUAGUAAUAAUAGUAGUAAUAGCAGUAAUAAUAGUAGUAAUAAUAGUAGUAAUAAUAGUAGUAAUAGCAGUAAUAAUAAUGGUAAAGAUGAGAUUCCCUGCAAGAGAAAUAGUUCGUCCAACAUGAACGUUGAAGAUGGAGCAACCUGUUUUAGCAAUCAGAAUGGAAAAAAGAAUUUUAAAAAUUACAACCCCCUAACUUACAGCUUCAGUGGCCUAUGUGAAUGUUUGGGGAAGAACGAGGAUGUAAAAAACGACGAAUAA